GAAAGCUUAAAGGUCGGUUUUUUUUCUGCAUUGAAUAAAUUAACCAAAUCCAUUUGAGUGUUACAUUUUUUUAUAAACUUGCCUUUUGUGAACAACAAGUAUUCAAAUAUUAGAGAAACUUUAUUGAUAUAUACCAAUUUAUCGGGCGAGAUACACUUUUGCCCUCACGCACUUGAAAAAAAAUCCCCUAAUCAAUACUCGGAAAUCGUUAGUAGUUCCUGACAACAUCGAAUAUUUUAAUACAUUUUAAAAUAGUGAUGAACUGAAAAAGCAUUUUAAAAUCAAAAUCGGGUCUGAGUUCUGUUAGCAACCAGACUUUGCAAAAAUAUGGCAAUGGUCAAGGCGACAAUCGCGGCAUUCGUUUGCCUAUUUCUUGGCAGCAACAACGUAGUGUCGCGUUUGCUGGAUGAAAACUGUGGAAUAUCGUCGGAUGAUCCGUACGAUUGGAACAUUAUUGGAGGAAACAGAACAAAUAUACACCAGAAUCCAUGGAUGGUGCUGGUUAUGUCCAGCAAGCCAUGCGGCGGCUCCCUCAUUACUUCGCGAUUCGUCCUGACAGCAGCGCACUGUGUACUCCUUGAAGAACUCUUCUAUGUGCGCUUGGGUGAAUACCAAACGCUAGAUCCCCAGCCGUACUGCGUUAAUGAUCACUGUAUACCAAGGUUCUACAACAUUAGUGCGGAUAUGACAAAAUAUCACAAUGAUUAUAAUAAAACCACCCACAAGAAUGAUAUAGCCUUGCUUCGAUUGUCCCAAGCUGUGGAGUACUCAGAUUAUGUGAGGCCGAUCUGUCUCCUUGUCGAUGAGCAACUGGAAGAGACUCCAAUCUACAAUGCUAUCGGCUGGGGUGGGACAGAAUAUGGUCAAUCGAGCCGGAUCCUGCUAAAAACCACUGUGUAUUACAUGAAUGUUUUAUAUUGUAACAAAAAGUACCAGAAACAAGCUGAUCAAUCGCAGAUAUGUGCUGGCAGUCAAACCAGUAACACCUGUAAAGGGGAUUCUGGUGGCCCCUUGAGCUACGAGUUGCAAUAUGGCAAUAAGUCCCUGACUUUCCAGUACGGGCUGGUCAGCUAUGGAUCCAGAAAAUGCCACGUUAAUACGCCAGCUGUUUACACCAAUGUAACGCAUCACAUGAAUUGGAUAGUAGAUACGAUGGCAGAGUUUGAGCCUAGGGAUUCUGAUAACUGCAGGUUACCUAUAGUACAAAUGUAUUACCAAAACACGCUAGCAAUACUUCAAUGGUUGUACAGUAUUCUCAGUUCGACAUAAAUUCAAGUCGAUGCUUUGGACAAACAAAUUUUCAAAAAAUAUAUAGUAAGUCUAGAGAUUAGGUUAUUAUAUAAUCUUGCUCUAUCUGAAAAAUCCACAUAAAAUCCAUUGUACAAACUUUGAACAUAUAUUAUUUAAUACCAGUCUAUGUGGUAUUAGUUCUGUCACAGACCCCAUAAUAAAAUCAACCUUAUCUGCGUGGAUCAUCCCAA